AUGAACCCUCAGGGCGAAGAGUCACCCUAUGUCAUCAAGGAUACGCCAUCCUGCAAUCCCGAACCCCCCACGGUGGCCUCGCCUGAAGGAACAGACGUCCCACUGCCUGAAAUCAUUAGCCUUCAUAAUGAUCUCGGCUGCUUGAUGGCUGACGCACAGGGCAAUUACCGCUAUAUGGGCGCAGAGUCUGGCGUGGGCUUCAACACGGCGGUGAGGUCUUGGGUUUUCAAUGCCGUCCACGACAAGAGCAAAGACAGGAUACCGUCUAUGAUCAAAGUGGUCAUGCCCAAGGCAACUUUCCAACUUCAGCCUGGCCACCAGACCCGGUAUUUUGAGGAGGUGCACUCCAUGUACUGGCUUUUCUCCUCAGAGGACUUUUACCUGCGUCUCGAGAACACGUACUCAGACCCCGAAAGUCUAUGUUCUAACUCUUGGCUUUGCUCACUUCACAGCCUGGUGGCACUUUGCGCAUCAGGGAUGCCGGCAUCCGAAGAGUUAUUCCAUUUGCAGUUGGCGUACACCUCAUUAGAGUCGGCGAAGCUUUACGCGUCUAGAGUUACUGACGAAGCGGAUCUUGAUAGUAUCAGGGCGCUCGUCCUGCUGGCAUUGGCUCUGCAAUCCAAUGGAUACCUCAAUUCGGCAUACUUGCAGAGUGGAACUGCGGCUCGCAUCGCCUUCUCGCUUGGCCUGCACCUAGACAAGUACUCACCUUCAGACAGUCUUAUAUCUAAAGCAUAUGCGAGGCGUCUAUGGUGGACCUUGUUUCUUUUUGACCAUGAUAUUUCUCUCCAGAUGGGAAAACCAUGCAUGUCGGGAUCAUCGGAAGUCUGCCAUUGGCGGCCCCCUCUACCUUCUGAACAAAUUGUUAGUCCCGGGUCCUUUACUCCCCAAGAUUAUCUUGGAUGUUGCGUCAGCCUUGCCCAACUCACAACAGAGAUCCGACACAAACUGUAUAAUGGACCCAUACAGCAAGGCCACGGCUUGAGCCGAUGCCACGUCGACGACUGUUUGAAGUCCCUUAAUAAAUGGCUCCAAGAUCUACCGCCGCAUCUUGACCGGGCACUGCCAGGGUCACCUCGGUAUCGACGAUGCGUCGCGCUGCUGCAUCUCCGAUACUGGAGCACAGUGAUGCUUGUCACGAGACCAUUUUUACUAUGUCGCCUUUUGCGAGGCAGUGAGUUGGUUGACAUCGACAAGCGGGAGUAUUUUGACGACCUGUCGAAAACUUGCGUGUCUGCUGCCACAACUUCCAUUCACAUCCUGGACGAAAUGGUGAACCAGGCAUCCAUUUCUAGUUUGGUACUAUUCGACUUCUUCCUUGCCUUGGCCGUGCUUCAAGUCAUCCUUGUUGCGUCAACUCUGUUCCCUGCUGAAGAUCACCAGCAUCAUGUAAGACGAUGCAUUUCUAUUCUGAAAGCUCUCGGCGCCCAUGGCUGCCCAAAGCAUCUGCUUCCGGAGACCCUUUUUGAGCUUGAAAGGCUAGGACUUUAUAGCGACAACGAUGGCCAAAGCCAUGAUUCUUGCACCGAGCCACUACAGAACCUCAACGACCUUCGCGAGCCGACCAGCGACGACUUUAGGAUAUCGGUGCAGCAACAUGUCACCGAAGAUUGGAAUCUGCUUACCAACUUUGACUUUUUCGACGUCACGACGGACAAAGAUUUCAUGGAUCAACUCAUGGAAAUCUCAGGCUCGUUCUCCCACGAAGUAUGA